AUGGCAGACAUGCCACCGUCAGCGCCAGCGAUGGAGCUCCGACUCAAGCGUAAGUCCCCAAUGACCGUCACACAAGACCCCGAGACCACGAAAGGGAAAGGCAAGGCGGCGGUGAUCCACAUGACAGGGGUAAGGAAGCGUAAGGCACCCACCGAUAAGGCAACGAAAGCUGGGAAUGAAGGCGAAGGCGAAUUAGCAACCAACCAGGUCGCCACUUCCAAGCGUAAGAGGGCGAGGACAUCCGAAAAAGACGCUUCCGACGACUCUCCAGCCACAGGUGGCAAGCGCAAGGUACACACCCUAUCUCCAACCACACCAUCCAUCUAUCCACUAACCCCCAAACAGGCAGCCCAAGACAUAACCAAAUCCAUGCCCAUCCCCUACACCUACGAAGACUGCACCGAAGCCGACAAAAUGCUCCUCGACCAACGCGACGCCGGCGUAGACUGGGCCGAAAUCCGCACCGCCUGGGUCAAGAUCACCAAGCAGGGCAAACUCGGCCCUAGUACGCUUCCGAACCGGUACGCGCGUCUCAAGGUUAACUUUGUCGUGAUCAAGGAGGAUGAUAAUGGGAGAUUGGUCGCGGCUAAGCAGGCGGUGGAGAAGGAGCUCGAGGGGAAGAAGUGGGGGUUGAUUGCUAAGAGGGUGGUUAAGUUGGGGGGGGAGGAGUAUGAUGGUGAAGCGCUACGCCAGCGGUACAAGAAGCUGAUGAGUGAGCAUGGUGCGGUGCCGCCUGCUGAUGUGGACGCUUCGGACUUCAGGGAGUGA